AACAAGAUCACACAUGACUAUAUUUAAGCUUACACAUUGAGAUAAUUUGAUGAGUCAAAGUGCUUAGAUGAACAGUUUCAAAAGUUAAAAAUGUACAAAAACUGGGGGACGGAGGGAGUAAUAAACUGAUACUCCUUAAUAAAUGUUUUGGUGGAGCUCUAACUUCCCUCCCACCCGUCCACUACUCCACAAUGCCUCUCCCUUCCUAGAAUAACUAACCCAAGUACCCAUCUCUCAAAUGUGAAAUGGAGAAACCAGUUGCAGAAUCAGAUAAAUGGCCAACAAAAAAAUAACCAAUCCCUGCAAUUUGUAAUUCGGCGGGUGAAUUUUCAAACAGUGCAUUUUUGGGAGGCCGAAGAUUGUAUCGGUCAGUUAUGAGUCUGCCAACACUGGCAUUUAGAGGCCGAGUUAUAUAUAGUCGAACUUUGGGCCAGGUUGAAAGAUCAGCAGAAGAGAUUCUCCAUCUCAUUGAAGAGAAGAAAAGAAAAGAAGAGAAGGUUGCUCUUGGAUUCGACAUCGAAUGGAGACCAAGUUUCAUAAAAGGUGUUUCACCAGGGAAGGCUGCUGUUAUGCAGAUCUGCGGUGACUCGGACAAUUGUUAUGUUUUCCACAUCAUUCAUUCUGGAAUCUCUCGGAACCUACAAUUGCUUCUUGAGAAUUCUGCAAUACCAAAGGUUGGAGUAGGGAUUGCAGGUGAUGCUAAGAAGGCUUCCAUAGAUCAUAAUGUAUGUGUUAGUAAUUUGGAAGAUCUGUCUGCAUUGGCAAAGAAAAAGUUUAAGCAAGGUCCUCUAAAAUGGAGUUUAGCAUCCCUAGCUGAAAAACUUCUUCAUGCAAAGCUACCUAAGGGGAACAGUGUGAGAUUGGGAAAUUGGGAGACUAAAUAUUUAUCCAAGAAACAACUUGAUUAUGCUGCCACAGAUGCAUAUAUUUCAUGGAUCCUAUAUCAAGAACUGAUGAUGCUCCCUAACGUUGUUGAUAAAGAAGGAAUUGGGGACGAGAACAGUGUGGUGAGGGGGGGCCCAGUAAUAUCCUUGGAAAUUUAACGGGUUCCACAUAAGAUUUGUGAAGUGACGGUUAUACCCCCGCCCCCCCUUUUUUGUCGUGAUCUGUGAAUUAAUUAAUCUCACUUAUUUACUGCUUAGCUGUUUGGUGCCCUGUAAUUAUUUGUACUUCUCGUAUAAGACAGAGGACUCUGAUUUUCUAAGCUGUAGAAAAAAACUGUGUUUUUUUUUGCUGAAACAAAAGGAUUGGUAGUUA